AUGGAAGAAGCAUCAGAGACUUACCCUAUCAAAAUAAGAACUGUAGAUGCUAAUCAAUUUGAGCUAUAUGUGACUUCAGACACUAAAGUGUCAGAAUUAAAAUCUAUGAUCAAAUCUCAAACUCAAGUUCCUGAAGAUCAGCAAAGAAUUAUUUACCGAGGUAAACUUUUAAAAAACUCAGAUUCUAUAAGCACAUAUAAGAUUGAUAGAGGGCACGUAAUUCAGCUUGCAAUUGGAAAAACUGCCCCAGAGCCUCCUCGUCAGGAAGAAGCAGAACCAAUCUCAGAUGCUUUAAAUGACAUUUUAAGACUAGCUUUAGAAACAAAUCCGGCUUCCCUUUUGAACCGCAGACGAAGACGGUACCACAGAAGAAGAGAAAUUGAUACCAAUGAAAGACUGGAAACAAUCAAGCAGAAUCUGCAAACCAUUGAAGGCAUGCUUCAGUCAAUGAACACGACAGUAAAUGAAGGAGAAGUCCAGUGUUUUGACAAUAAUCGACGGCAAUUUUCAAAAGGCCAAUGACUUGACGUAAAAGAUACAGUUGACCAGUGACUUGAAGCGCAAAUAAUUGACAUCCAAAACACUCCACAAGGGACAAUGGCUUAUUUUCACUACAAUGGCUGGCCUACCCGAUGGGACGAAUGAAUUAACACCUCAUCUCCGAGAAUUCAGCCUCUUCAUUCUCAUACGCUACAAUCUAUUGUAUCACCUAUGCACUCUCCAUUCCCAGUAAUUUCUCCAGAUAUUGAGAAUAUGCGUCCAUCAGGCCCUUAUGACAUAAAUGAAUUUAUUCUUCAGUCCUCCACACUUCUUGAGCAGCUAAAAGGUAUGAUGGAGCGCUAUUAUUCUUUAACCACAAUUCUUAGACAUGAAAGAGCAGGUGAAAGAGUAAACCCAAUAAGAGAAAGACUUAGCAUGGUCGAUAAUCGGUAUGAAGAAGAAAAAGAUUGGUCACAAGACCCACAUGGCACGAACUCUGAGGCCACAAUUGGAAGUGAUAUUGAAGACUCGUUUGGGAUGGAGCUUGAUGAAAGUUUUGGAAGCAGAGAAAACGAAAUGACGACAGAACAGGAAUUAAUGCUACUGACAGGGCAGCUAGCUCCACUGCUUGAUAGAGCUGGGAGACUUUUAACUGAUUUGGCAGCUGUUAUUGGAGGAACUGCUCAAAGACCUCCAGACGAUGCAGUCUCAGUUUCGUCAAGCUUGGUCACAAAUGAAAGUGGAAUUAGCAGCAAUAGUGCAAGAGCGCCUCUGCAGAUUCCUGUGAUGCCUACACCGAGCGAACUUGCAGCAAUAAAUCCAAGGGUAUUUGGGCCGGAUAUUGAUAUUCAUAUUCAUGCGGUUUUCCCACAAAGAGCACAAGAGGAAGAAGAAAGAACUCCUUGUUGGAGGCAGCUCUCAUAA